UGGCGCUCCCUGGCGGUCUUCCCUGCGAAGUUCUGAGUCGAGAGAUCGAAAACACUACAAGGCUCCGCCGUCGCCCAUCCCACUUUUUACGUGCGCGCCCCGUUCGGUAUUUUGUGCGCGAUGAAUCAAGCCCCAGUGUCUUGCAUACCCAGCCCGAAGAUGUCGAAGGCCAAGAAGGUGCUGGACGAGGCUCGUUCCUCUGGAAAUCCAGAACUGGAUCUCAUGGAAAAGGGAAUCUCUUCGUUUGAGGAGAUGCCAGGGCUUCUGAAUAUGUCAAAUAUUACAAGACUGACUUUGAGUCACAACAAAAUAAUUGAUAUUCCACCUGGUUUGGCCAAUCUUGUGAAUCUGGAGAUAUUGACUCUUUUCAAUAAUCACAUAGAGGAGCUCCCAGUAUCUCUAUCCUCUAUGCCCAAACUACGCAUCCUCAAUCUGGGGAUGAAUCGCUUAAACUCCCUCCCACGGGGGUUUGGAGCUUUUCCUGUUUUGGAAGUCCUUGAUUUGUCAUACAACAAUCUGAAUGAAGAAAGCUUUCCUGCAAACUUCUUUAUUCUUGACACAUUGCGGGCUUUGUAUUUGGGGGACAAUGAUUUUGAGUUCAUCCCACCUGAAAUUGGACAGUUGAAAAAUCUCCAAAUUUUGGUCCUUAGAGACAAUGACCUUAUUGAACUCCCCAAAGAAAUAGGAGAUUUGACCCGUUUGCGAGAAUUGCACAUUCAAGGAAAUAGACUGACAGUUCUUCCACCUGAAAUAGGCCAGUUGGAUCUGGUGAGCAACAAAUCUGUUUUGAAAAUGGAUUACAAUCCAUGGGUUGCACCAAUCGCUGACCAGCUUCAAGUUGGGAUAUCCCAUGUUAUUGAUUAUAUUAGGUCAGAGACAUACCGCUAUUUGUUUAGUCGUCACAUCUCUGUCAGAGGACCACCACCCCCUAAGUACAUUGACAAGACUAAUAAGCUGUCUAGAAACAGAAAAAGCAACUGAAAAAACUAUCUUGAGAAAACAAAACUAUAAUUUAUUUUUAUUUAACAUAUUUCUUUCACUGUUCAUUCAUGUUGAGGGGCAAUUCUUCUUGCUCUUGCUUAACAGACAGGGGUAUGAAUACGUACCUCUCAAAAAUUCAAGUUUAGAAAUUAUCAGUGAUUACAAGUUUUAUUGCUUGUAUUCUAAUUAUUGUUGAGACUAAACUUAGUGUAGAACAAUAAUUUAAUCUGUUAUCACUGCCUCUUGCUACUGUAGCUCUUCCUUAGAUUUUAAGUUAUUAAUAACUAGUCCAAUUACAUAUAUGGAGGAGCUUUUUCACAUUUUCCCAUAUUGUUAACCUGAAGUAUAUUUUUUAACAAUUAUACCGCAGUAGGUUUGCUUUUAGAACCGACUAACUUGAAUGUGAACAAGCAUAAGUCUUGUUAUAAGAUACCUAAAAUUUUAUUCUUGUUGCAAUUUUUUAUACUGAACCAUGAACUAUGUGUAAUUUCAUAAAAAUCUAUUAUUUGUUGAUGUGUGUUUUUAGUAUAGUAUAUGUAACUGCUUCAAAGAUUGCCUGUAUUUUGUAUUUUGGUAAAAGUGCUACUUUAUAAUUCUUUUGUUAAAAAAAAAACAAUUUUUAAUGUCAGCUUUUAACAACUUAAGUAUUCAUCAGAAAUGAAUACCAAAAUCACAGGGUAAAACAAAACUAAAAAGACUCGCAAGUACAUAACAAAACUACCUAAGUGUUAAAAGAAACUAAAAUAUAUUCAUAAAAAUUGAAUUUUGAAAAAAAUUAAAA